UACGAGUACGAGUACAUCGCCAAGUUACGACCGCGAUGGACAUUCAAUUUUCCACAGAAAAAUUUCCUCUUCGGUUCGAUUCGGCGAGUGAGUGUCAUAUCUGCGCGAAAUGACUUUCGCAUUCACUUAAAUUCGCCGUGAGGUUAUUGUUAGUGCAAUUUAAAAAGGGUUUUUCUUUAAAAAAAAAAAAAAUAUAGAAGAAAAAUAAAACUAUUUUCGAUAUAUUUUGUAUUUUGAAAUCAAGUUGACAAAUUUUGAAGUGCGAAUCGACGCGACGACGACGAAGAAGACGACGAAAAAAAGUGUGACAACGUCUCUGUUAGUCAUCCUCCAGCUCAAUACUUAAACCUAUUAAUAGUACAGCCGGGCUGGAUUUGAAUUUAAGAAAAUAGACAAAAAUAAUAUAUUUCAAAAUAUUUUACCUACAAAAAUAUUAUUUUUGUCACAUCGCAUCGCAUCACAGUGAGGCCAGAAUUCAGACCUACAACAAAAAAUCUAAUUUGGAACUAAAGCCUUUCGUUUUCGACUCGAUUCGAUUCGAUUAAGUUCGAUUGAAUUCAAAUUCGGACUGUAUUUGGAAAAAAUCAAAUAAAAUUCGGAGUCGAUUUUCGGUUCGUUUUUAAAAGCGAUUUAAAUUUUAAAAAAAAGAAGAAAAAUACCGGUAAAAAUAGCCCUUGUGUCUCUCGCUCUGCAUCGCGGUCUGCACAUACCUACAAUUUGUAAAUUUAAAUAGAAUUUUUGUUUUAUAUAGUAUAUUUUAUUUAUAUAGUGUGAAGAACAAUUUAAAUUUAUUCGUAAAUAAUAAAAAUACAUUUCUAAGUGUCUUCACCGCCGCUCUAUUCUGUACUCACUGCACUACUCACUGUUUUUGUGUUGUUUCUAAUUUACAAAUUCAUUUAAUUGCAUCCAUGAUGAUGGCAUUCUGGUAAUACAAAUUUAUUUUAUCACCAAGUCUCGGUGAGAUUUUUUUUUUAUUCUGAUUCGGAUUCGGAUUCUCACUGUGCAACACAAUUGAAUAAUAUUAAAUAUAGAAUAGUGAAUGCGUAAUCGUGAAACGAAAUAAAAUAAAAAAAAUAAAAGUGAGUGAGUGUCGAAGAACAAGUGUCCUAGAAAUUCUAAAAUUGCGCGCGGUUUUCAAAACCAAAUGUUGAAAAACUCACAAAUCACAACAAAACAUCAUCAUCAGCAGCAGGAGCAGCAGCGUGAGAAAUCGAAAUCAAAACACAACAACACGACACACGUGACUUCGGAGUAACAUCAUUCCCUUAAAAGGCCACAACAAUAUGGAGCAUCUUAGUGCUGGAUCGGCCUCGAGACAGGAGCAUCAGCAUCAUCAGCAGUUCUGUCUGAGAUGGCACAAUCAUCAGACUAGUCUACUAAGUUCCCUGCCCAUUCUUCUGGACCAAUCACACCUUACAGAUGUCACACUAUCGGCUGAAGGACGAACAUUGCGAGCACAUCGAGUUGUCCUAAGCGCUUGUAGUACAUUCUUUUUGGAAUUAUUUCGAGCGUUAGACUCAUCAAAUCAUCCGGUAAUCAUCAUACCGGGUGCAUCAUUUGCUGCUAUUGUUGCUCUUCUAACAUUUAUGUAUUCAGGUGAAGUAAAUGUUUUUGAAGAGCAAAUACCCACGCUUCUGAACCUAGCAGAGACUCUAGGGAUCAAAGGACUAGCAGAUGUUCAAAGUAACAUGAAUAAUGCAAAUGCAGCAAAAAAGCGUCAAGACUUCAUGCCGCAAGCACCUCAAUCAGUGCAACCACAAAUACCACCGCAAGCACUUAAAGACGAAGAAAUACCAUCACCUACACUUCCGUCAUUACCACCUCCCUCGUCCCCACUGAUACCGAAUAAGAUUCCAACUCCGUUGGAAAAUUUCUUCCUCAAGUCCCUCCAAUUUUACCCGAACCUCAUACCACAACCUCUGAAUUUUUCACAAUCCGCUCUUAAUAAGACAUCGGAGUUCUUGGCGAAAUACCAACAACAAUGUGGCAUGUACCGUUCAGCAGUUAAAGAGACUGAUAAUUUCAACCCAUCUGGUCAUCAAUCUGUGAACGAUGACAGUGGCUACAACAAACGAACGAACAGUGGAGAAAAAAAGACAAAAGACGUUAAACGAAUCGAUAAGAUUGUGGAGAACUUGCGCUGUGCUUCGCAAUCACUCAAAAUUCCCGACACAACGGCAGCUCAAGUGGCUCGAAGCUAUCCUGAUAUUGUAGCAAGAUCUCCAUCAUCACCAUUAGCACAAGCAGCACCCUCAUUUCCCACCACGAAAUCGAUGACCAAUUUUUCUGCAGCACUUGGAACGUCCAACAUUUCAAAUAGUCCCAUGGCAACGUCGUCAUCGUCGUCGGUAAAGGACGAACAAGAAAAAUCAUCGCUGGCUUCAUCUUCUUCGGAACAAGGAGGAAAUUCUACACCGAACAGUUCUACAACACCAAAUUCUCUAUGCCCCCCAGCGUCAGCGGGCGGUGGUGGUGGUGGAACUCAGCCAGAGGGAAUGAUAGAUAAGCCUGCUUCAAGUCCUCAGUCGAAAAUUUCGAACUCGAAACUUUACGCAACGUGCUUCAUUUGCCACAAGCAACUUAGCAAUCAAUACAACUUACGGGUGCAUUUAGAAACCCACCAGAACGUCAGAUACGCUUGUAACGUUUGCUCUCAUGUAUCCCGAAGUAAGGACGCACUCCGAAAACAUGUUUCGUAUCGACAUCCAGGUGCUCCAAGUCCUUGUGAAACAGAAGCACGAAGAAAACGAGCCAAAGGCCUUAGUUCAGCCUAUCCCCUCGCGACACCCUCCGAACAAGAACAAAUGGCAGCGCAGCUCAACCCAUCAGCCUUCAUGUUUAUGCCAAACCAAUUUCAUCUACCCUCAGCAUCAAAUGUACAGAUCGCGGCCGCGGCUGCUUCCCUUCCAACAUCUGCGACAUCAUCAACAGCAAAUGAUUCGCCGAUGAUCAAACGCGAAAGUACACCCACUUCACCGUCAAACGAUCAUCAACAGAAUUCAUCAAACGCGUCCUUUCCCACGGACAGUGCUGCCAAGCCAUAGGAGUUAUAUUUGUCCCCUUCAAACCCACCGUCCAUUAAUUUUGUGACCACAAAAUCCUAUUGAUUAGUAUUUGAUCCCCGGCUGUGAUAGUACAGAAGAUCUGAUUUAUUUCACUUAAACCAAAAACUAUACGAACACCCACCAUUUUAUCGAUAAAGUCUAUUUAAAAAGUCUUCCAACCGUUAGUCCUUAGUUAAAUAUCGUAUAUAUGAACGUCUAUCCAAAGAACACAACUUAUUUUUGUUGAUUGAAUAUUGAGAUUUGUCAACUUUCAUGCAUAAGACUAUCUGUUUACUUAAAAGCCUUAUGAGGCUAUACAGUUGAAAUCUUCUCAGAAGUUAUACGACCGUUAUUUUUUAUAUUUUGUUAAUUAUUACUUUUUGUUAAAAAGAUUUUUAAAAAAUCUCUAUUAUUUUGUUUUGAUUGAUCCUUUUGGGUCCUUAAAUUCUUUAUACCUUUUACACCAAAAAAAAAAAAACAAAAACAAAAACAAAACACUAUACACUAAAAAUUGACUUUUCUAUAAAUAGUUACACGCUUUUAUAAAAAUGUUGUUACUUUAUUAUAGAAGUCAAGAGCACACAAAAAAGACAAUUGUUUACCUGUUUAAUUUAUUUUGUUAUGUUAAAAAUUUAAGUAUUGCUUAUUAAUGUCACAUUUAUAUUUUUAACAAUUAAAUAUUAGAAUUUGAAAAAAUAAAUAAGAGAAAUAAAAAAUAAUUCGAAGAAAAUGAUAAGUUUA